AGGUAUAUUCCUAUAUAUAUUGCAAAAUUUAUUAUAGACAAAAUUUAUAACAUAUUUUUAAUAUGAACAGAUAUGAAUGAAAAAUUCAGUACUUUUUAUAUCCCAAGAAUACAAACAUAGUGUACGUUCUACAUUCGUAAAUAUGGCGAUUCUUCUAUCGCUUGCAAGUUUUGCGAUUGACAACUCCGUCAUUCACAUAUCAAAUUUAACGUAAAUAGUUAUAUAGUAUUAUUUUUAAUAAAAUAAAAUAAUGUUAUUAACAUUAAAACCGGAUCAUAAAAAACAUGUAUUACUUCUUAUAGGAUAUACACCGCAAGUUUUACAAGAUUUUUGCAAAUUAGCACUAGAUUAUUUGCAAAAAGGGCCAAAUAUUAAAUUAUAUAACGCAGCAGCUCAGAAAUUGGAUGUUGAAGUAAGUGUAAUUAAGAAUUCAGUGGAAGGACUUGUUAAUUUAUUAAUAGAGAGUUGUAGAUAUAAGCUAAAUUCUGAGGACUUUAGAGAUUCAAUAAUAUCUUUAGGUUUCUCUGAACAACAAGAAGUUAUAUUAAGUAAAUUAUAUAAUGUUAAAAAAGAUGAAAUAUUGGAUACACUCAGAGAUAUUGGAUUUAAGUUGCCAGAAUACCAUGAUAUGGAAUGGAGAUUUGAAGUCCAGAUUGCUUCAAGAGCAUUAUUGAAACAAGUUGCUCCUCUCAUUACUUUGGAUUUAUCUAUAAAGGAUCCUGGCAAGGAUGAAAACAUUGAGCAUGUAUUACUUCAAACUGACCCUGUUAAUUUAUCACACAUAACACAACAAUUAGAAGAGGCUCUUCAAGAAGGUUACAGUCAACACAUUCGUAGACUUUCAAGAGCAAUAAAAUGAUGACUUUGUAAUAUAAUCAUAUUUUAUGUAAUAAAAUAUAUAAAUUAUAUACAUAGAAUA